AUGUGUGCUGAUGAUAGAAAGGUUUGGUCACGUGAUCUCAAGAAAGACACGAAAACAGCAUCGUUACAUGGCUUAAUGACAUGGAUGAAUGUCGAGAUGAAGUCCAGAAUGAGAGCGUUUGCACCAUUGAGAACAAGUAGCAAACAUUCAAUCAAUCAUUUAAAGCAAUUCCAGGGAGGCGAAGACCAAUUCUCAAACCACCGAUGUUGGCUUUGUAAAACGUCAUCCCAUUGGGUGGACCAAUGUCCGAAGUUUUCGUCCUUAAAUUAUGACCAACGCCUACAAUGCGCAAGAGAACACCACACCUGUUAUAGCUGUUUAAAGAGAGCCGGUAGAGACCACCGGAUGUCGAACUGUUCUUGAUGAAAGCAAUGUACGGAAAAGGAAAAUGGUGUCCAGUGUGUGCAUUUCCAUCACCCCCUCCUCCACCGAAAUGGUAGCUAAAGAGCAGUUGUUACUUCAGUUACGACGGACCAAGAAGCCUUACUUCCAGUUAUCUCAGUGAAUAUUGAUGGAGAAAACAACCUAUACAAGCGUGGCAAUAUAUUAUUGGACUCUGGAGCUCAAUUAAGUCUUAUACGUCAGGAAACAGCAGAAACCCCCGGACUAGAAGGAGAUAACAUUUCGAUUACGUUGACGAAAGUUGGAGGCGAAGAGGAAGAAAUCAGGACGAAGGUCUACAAAGUUCAAGUUAGCCCACCAGACAGUAACAAGAGAUUUGUUAUAAAAGCAGUCGGUAUCCCUACCAUCAGUGACGAUAUCGCUGAAAUGAAGACAAAGGAGAUUGCAAAACAGUUGGGAUUGAAAGAUAAGAUUUACCGUGGUAAAGGACCCGUUGACAUUUUAAUCGGUAUUGAUCAUCCGAGCAUAACGAAACAAGUCUGA